CAGAUAGUCUUACAGUUUACGUGCCUGGGACCACAAUCACAAGGACAGAAAAAGCGUUAUCAUGUGCAAUGCUGCUUCCUGUCUGGACUUACUGAUGUUAAACUGGAAAUCACAAAUAACCUUCUAAAAUAAACCACUGCUGUUGUGGUUGAACAGUCACUAUGAAUUGCAAGACUAUAGAGAAUCCUAUUGAGAAACAAUUGUUUUCUUCUGAGGAGCUGGAAUGCAAAAUCUGUUACAACCUUUACAACCUGAAGAAUAGGAGACCCAAGUUGUUGGAAUGCUUUCACAGGGUGUGUGCCAGAUGCCUGUACAAAAUUGUAGACCUUGGAGACUCCUCACAAAGUAUAAUUAGCUGUCCUUUCUGCAGGUAUGAGACCAGUGUACUAGACGAUGAAGUUGGUGGACUCCCAGACGAUAAUAAUAUUCUUGCCAUCCUUGUAUGCAAGGAGAAGAAUAGAAAGUUUGCUGUGGAUAACCCAUCUGAACUUCUGCUGACUCCGAAAAGGUUACCUUCCUUUGGAAGCCCUUCCCGAUCCUCAAACUGUCUGGUCAUAACCAUCAUGGAGGUUCAAAGGGAAUCCCCACAAUCUCAGAGCUCAGCAUCAGUUACGGAAUUCUACGACUCCAAUUUUGGUUCAAUAGCCUCAAUGUCUCGGCAGUGGGCAAUUUGGAAUUGCACUCCCCUUUUCUGUCGCACAAUAGGCAGAAUUUUAAUCUGGCUACUGGGACUCCUCUAUUUCAGCUCUUUACCUCUUGGUGUAUAUCUGCUUGUGAUUCAGAAGGUCACACUAGGGAUUAUAUUUGUCAGUCUUGUUCCAUCCAGUCUUGUUAUACUUAUGGUCUAUGGUUUCUGUCAGUGUUUAUGUCAAGAGUUUUUGGAUUGCAUAUCUUCAUGAAAGCAAAAUAUAAAAAUUAAACAGAUACAAUGCUCAGUGGUGAAGCACAAGUUCAUGUGAGUGAAUUCCUCAUGUAUAAAAUUCCUCAGCUCAGCACUGCUCCACGGCAAAUUAACUAUAAGGCAUAGCACUUACCCUGUGGGAGGAAGAAGUGAAUCACCUCCAAAUCUCAGUCUCUCCCUCAACAGAGAUAAUAAGGUGUAGAGCUCUCCUUCAACAGCUUGUCUUCCAGACUCGGUCAUCGGAUAAUGGUGCACAACGUUGGGGAAGAGUCGACACAAGGAGAAAACACAAACCAUGUAGACAAACAGCAAUAUUUACUGGAUUGUUAAUUAUUUUUGUCCUUUAUUAACCAGGGCAAGUUUCAUCUAUCUACUAAAAAUAAUCUACAU